AGAAGACAGUGGAAGAGGAAUAGUUUAUAGUGGUGAACCAUCUGGCCACCUCAACAAUGUCAAUGGCAGAUAUUGCUCACCCUCCCAUGGAGCAACUCCAAGACCUUGAGUACUGCAUAGACUCCAAUCCUCCAUGGCCUGAAACCAUAAUGUUAGCAUUUCAAAAUUACAUAUUAGUCCUUGGGACGAGUGUGGUGAUCCCUACAACGCUUGUACCACUCAUGGGUGGAUCCGAUGGGGACAAGGCACGCGUGAUACAGACGUUGCUUUUUGUGGCGGGAAUAAACACUCUUCUGCAAGCACUCUUCGGGACCCGAUUGCCCGCCGUUGUUGGAGGAUCGUUUGCAUAUGCCAUCCCCAUAAUAUAUAUUAUCAGUGACUCGUCCCUUCAACGAAUAAGUGAACCUCAUAUAAGAUUUAUACAAACCAUGAAGGCAAUUCAAGGAGCAAUGAUAGUCGCUGCAAGCAUUCAAAUCAUCCUUGGCUACAGCCAAGUUUGGGGUCUCCUUUCGCGUUUCUUCAGUCCUCUUGGUGUUGCACCUGUUGUUGGAUUAGUUGGCCUUGGCCUAUUCCAGAGAGGAUUUCCUGCGCUAGGGAAUUGUGUCGAGAUAGGGCUGCCAACGCUGUUAUUGGUAAUUGGUUUGUCACAGUAUCUAAAGCAUGUAAAACCAGUGAGGGACUUCCCCGUAUUCGAACGGUUUCCUAUAUUGAUAUGUGUCACAAUUAUGUGGAUAUAUUCCACCAUUCUGACAGCUGGUGGAGCAUACCGAGGCAAGCCUCUUCACACUCAACUCAGUUGCCGUACAGAUAGAGCAAAUAUCAUAUCUACUGCUCCAUGGUUCAAGUUCCCGUAUCCGUUGCAAUGGGGUGCUCCCACUUUUGCUGCAGGCCAUUCAUUUGCAAUGAUGUCUGCUGUUCUAGUGUCAAUGGUCGAGUCAACUGGUGCAUACCAGGCUGCAUCUCGUCUGGCGAUCGCCACUCCACCUCCAGCCUAUGUACUUAGUCGUGGGAUCGGUUGGCAGGGGGUAGGUGUUUUGCUUGAUGGCCUUUUUGGAACAGGCACUGGGUCCACUGUAUCUGUGGAAAAUGUGGGACUCUUAGGACUUACUCGGGUUGGAAGCCGAAGAGUUGUUCAGGUUUCUGCAGGCUUCAUGAUAUUCUUCUCCAUGUUAGGCAAAUUUGGAGCUGUUUUUGCAUCUAUACCUUUUGUCAUAUAUGCAGCAUUCUACUGUGUCCUCUUUGGCCUUGUAGGUUCGGUCGGCCUGUCAUUCCUUCAGUUUACAAACAUGAAUUGCAUGCGUAAUCUGUUCAUAACGGGCCUCUCGCUAUUCCUUGGGAUAUCCAUUCCUCAGUUUUUCGACCAAUAUUGGUCCGGGGCCCGCCACGGCCUUGUUCACACCAAUGCUGGAUGGUUCAAUGCAUUUAUCAACACUAUAUUCUCCUCACCGCCAACAGUGGGGUUAAUCGUUGCGGUGUUUUUGGACAACACUUUGGACGUGGAAAAGUCGAAGAAAGACAGAGGCAUGCCAUGGUGGGUGAAGUUCAGAACAUUCAGAGGCGAUAAUCGGAAUGAGGAAUUCUACACUCUGCCCUUUAACCUCAACAGAUUCUUUCCACCCACAUAGCAGGCCAAGUAAAGCUUUGACUGUAUGGAAAUCUUGGGCUUACUACAUAAAAUAACAAACUUUAUCUUUUUGGCAAUUGAAUUCACAUUCAAUUAACAUGAUGAUAUGCAGUAGUGCUUCAUUAACCUAAAUUAUUGAUUCUUUUUUGGUGGGCCGUGGGGGGCAUAUAUAUGUAAUAGCAAGGUCUCAAGAUCGUUAGGAUUGUAGAGCACUUGAGAUCUUUGUGAGUUCAUAUCCUUUGUAGGAUUUCAACUUCCAUGUAUAUUUUAUUUAUUAUGAAUAAGAUACAUGUAGAGCUCUUGAUAAAUUAUUAUUCAAUGGGUCUUUUAUGUAAUUUACAUACCUCGGAUGAUAAAGGAUUCGUGGGCCGGCUUCUUUGGACAAUGUGCUGGAACCCGGGCUGGUCAGAGGGUC